GACGAAUGCUUUUCAAAUCAACAUUGAAAAUUGGAAAAUGUUGAACAAGUUCAAUGCAGAUUUAAAUCGUGAAUGAGUUAAAUCGUCAGUUUUUUAUCGAAAUAUAUCAGGAACUUUAUCAAGCGUUUGGCCUUUUUCAAGAAUGCUGAAGGCUUGGAAGCAAUCUUUUAUUGUUUUUAGUCAACAAAAUUUAGUUGCUAAAAGGCUACCCAUUAAUUCCCAUCACAAAUAUUCAUUGUCCUACUAUGACACUGGCAGAGAAUUUGAAAGUGUCCACACAUUUAAACAUAAAGUUUUAGAUUUUUUUCAAAAAAGUGAAAAGUAUAAAAAUUUGUGUGGUGCUCCAUCCAAUGAAAUGUCCCAUCUCCCUGCUGGAUAUCAACCAACUGAAGAAAACAAAAAUUUUUAUGUGGCUGAACUCACUAAAGACCUGCCAGUGUUAAAACAUUCUUCAAAAUUUUUUACCAAACUACCCCCUGAUGGCAAGUUGAACUAUUGGAAAUCACAAGAAAAGGAUCUUCAUCAGUGCUCUGGAUUUGAGGCCCUCGCUUUGGCGCACACACAAUAUCGAAUUGUUGGUGAAAAUUUUAAGAGGGGGUCCUUCUACCAGCAAUUGUUAUCUUUAGCAAAAGAUUGGAUUGAGAAGUGUUCCACACCCCAAGAACUAGUCAUGUGGUCUUUUUUGGUCUCGCUGGAGAAAUCACAGCAUUCAAACGCUUGUUUGCGGUGCAUUUACGAACGUUUUAAAACAGACCCUGCCUUAUUUCAGUGCCUCAACUCGGUCGAGACGAGUAUUCUUUGUAACGCCUGGUUUACAAAUAGCGUCAUAGUCUCAUCCAAGCCAAUGCUGCGCGUUAUCGACUUACUCCUACAGACAGAAAUCGAAUCGCGUCCAGGUCACGUCACUCAAGAGGCGCUCUGCAUGCUCAAAGUGUUUCGUAAGGCCGGCUUCGGAUCGACAAAGCUAUUCGAAUCAUUGAUAGCAUCGUUAUCAUCUCCACCUGCCCGGAAUUUGAACUUGGCUCAAGCAACCCACGCCUUGGCACUUUUAGCUGAUAAUCGCUGUCUCAUCAAUGAAAAACUGAUUGAAAACAUCACACACCUUAUAGAAGUUAACGCUAAGAAACCAAUAGAGACUCCCCAAAGGUUCAUCCAUCCUUCCGAAGGAACACGCGUCAAAGAUUUGACUCGCUUCUUGUGGACUGCAAGCUGCUUAAUUCCGACAGACGUGAUAUCUAAAGACAGAAUCGUAGCAGAAAUGAUCGACCAGGUUAACACUGGUUGGACUUCAGGCAGUUUUCAGCUAGAUAAAGAUUGGCAUCUCCUCGCUGACUUUUUCCUCUCGUUGGCCUGUUGGAAAGUUUACCCUGUGUCACUGAUCGAGAGGGUUAUUGAUAGAAAUUUCAUCGACAUCGUGAUAAGCCAGAAGAAGACCAUACGUCAAUCGCGCUUGGCUCUCUUCAUGGAAGCUGCACGGAUUGAGGUUCCCCAUCUGUCGGUGAUCGACAAAUUUUUACCUGAGAUUUCUUUGAACUUACCUGCAUACAGAGCAGAAAAGGAGAUGAUCAAGCGUCCCCGACUUGCUAGUUUGGCCAAUGUCAUCGACCGCUCCAGAGAAGAACUUGGCUGGGAAAACAUCCGUUGCUGUACUACAGUUCCUCACUUGAAUUAUGCCGGCCUAACGUUCAAUUACAAAAGGGAAAAGGUGGCAGUGGAAUUACUAGAUUCGUAUGUGUGUAUGCGUCACAGCAAUCAACCGGAACGUUUAAUGGCUCUCAAGAUUCGUCUGUCAAGACAACUAGGCUAUCGAGUUAUUCAGUUGGAUGUUCAACAGACGAAUCGGAAGCAGCAAGAAACUGAAGCUAAGCAAGAGGACAGUUACACCGACCAACAAGUGACAAUGAUUAGAAAAUGUUUGGAAAAUAAUAUGUAUAACCCCAGAUGAUUCCAAAUGAAUGUUACCAUCUCAACAUUUA